UUCCUGAGCUAUGUUUGCUAGAAAUUAAAAAUGCCCACAGAUUUAUUAUUUAUAUGCUGAGGUCACUGCUUAUGCCAGCCAUACCGUUCAUUACAUCCCCUGUCCAGCUUGCGCUAUGGACGCAUAUUUUAACAAUAUGUGCCUGCUCUGCUCAUGUAUUGAUUCUAUAUUUUAGGCAAAUCAAAUCUCUUUAACUUUCAGCUGCAUCAAUCCUGGUGACCAUUUUGACUAACUGCUCCACCUGUAGGUUUGCAUUCAACGAUGUUUGUCGGGCCAAGGGACAGAUGAGAACUUUUUUAUUGUUGUUUUGUUGACUGAAGCAACCAAGCAACUUCUUCCUGAUCAGAUGAUCGUCUAAAGGAAAGAAGAAGGAAAGAAACAAGAAGAGCUUGAUCUUCUUGGAGAAGAAGCAGCAUUCUUGAUUAUCGCUCCUAUAAAUAACGGGAAUGGUUUAGCAAGUUCCUCCAAGAUGACAGCGAGUUGGAACUAGAGCAGAAAGAUGUCUCCACCUGUUAAGGUCAUCGGUAACUUGGGCAGCCCAUUCUCGCACCGCGUUGAGGCCGCUCUGUGUCUUAAGGGCGUGCCUUACGAGCUGAUCCAAGAAGAUCUGAAUAACAAGAGUGAGCUGCUGCUCACGCACAACCCCAUCCACAAGAAGGUGCCUGUGCUCCUUCAUGGAGACCACGCCAUAUGCGAGUCCCUCGUCAUCGUUGAGUAUGUCGAUGAAGCCUUUGAGGGGCCGCCCCUCCUGCCGAUCAACCCCUACGACCGUGCCAUGGCCCGCUUCUGGGCUGACUUCAUGGAUAAUAAGCUUCUCAAGCCGUUCUGGCUGGUACACUGGACAGAGGGCGAGGUGCAGAAGGGAUUUGCGAAAGAGGCCAAGGAGAACCUGGCGCUUCUAGAGGUGCAGCUUAGGGGGAAGAGGUUCUUUGGGGGUGACACCAUUGGCUACAUCGACAUAGUAUUUUGUUUGUUAGCUCCUUGGCUGAGUGCGCUUGAGGAGGUGUCUGGAAUGAUUGUGGUAGACGAAAGCGAGUACCCUGCUUUACGGCAGUGGGAAAAGGAGUACAAUUCCUGUGAAGCUUUGAAGCCGUGCUUGCCAGACAGAGACCAACUCGUCGCCUACUUAACUGUGUAGGACCGAGAAAUGCGACCAGAGGGGGGGUGAAUG